UCGAACGGUAAACGUCACGGACGUGGUUAGCCGAGAUAGAAAUUUCAUUACAGUUCACUGUGGUAUACGGUUGGAGGCGCACUGUGAUUUUUACACGGCUGCCUUGCACUGAUAACGGCAGCGCGGGUGCGGAGGGCCGCAGAUUGUGCCGGCCGGCAGCAGCGGCGGGGGCGCCUCCGAUCAGUCGGCAACCACCUCGCUCGCGUUGUGCACAUACCACCGUGUAUUGUACACACCUCAGUGUGCGUGCUAAAACCGAGCAUAAUCACAACUUUCCGCGCUUCGGAUAAAUUAUCGCGCGACCUUCAUUUGUUUUUCAGGCACCAUUGAAAUGCUUACGAUAUUUUUGUACAGUGUGUGAUUGUGAGUCUACUUUCAAGCGUUCAAAUGUUUGUUUAUUUUAUGAUAAUUAAGACAUUAUAGUGAGUCUGACCUAUCAUAACUAUUCAAGAACAUUGUUAGCCUUAACACCUGAUCGUGACCUUUGUACAAACACGUGAUGAAGAAUAAUAAAUCUAAGCCAUUAGUGAUCAUUCAAUGCUACGAAGACCGGCAGCAGACUUUACCAUUAAGAAAGGCGGAGUACGACACGACGGAUGCCGCAACCAACAACCAUGCGCCACUCAAGCGAGAAGCCACCGACAAUCCACCGCCGCCACCGCCGAUGCCUAAUACGAAUGGGCAGCAGAACGGAGACUCCAAAUCAAAUCAUAAAUCUAUUACGAAACCCUUUAAUUCAGACGUAAUAAAAUCAUUAAACGUUCGCAACGGUACAUUAACAAGAACACCUACACCGGACUAUAAUAACAAAACCGAUAAUGUGCAGUCCAAUUUUAAAGGUAAAGAUGAAAAAGCUGAACUGGAGUCACUCGAGUCUUAUAAGUUGAAGAAUCCCACUACCGUAUUACCAAAGCCACCGUCUACUUAUUUCAUGAGAGCUCCAAAUGGGACAGCCACUAUGAAGAAAAUUGCGCGUCCUGUGUCCGUAACUAUCGGCGAAUACGCCGGUGGAGGCAACAGGCGGGAGCCGAUCAAGCUGGACUUUCUCAGUGGCGACAAGUCCGAUGGAAAUAAUGAAACCGACGAUGUGCCUAUCACUAAUAGGCUGCAGUCUGAACUGGCACUCACCCUGUCUAGAUCCAAUUUGCGCAAGAAGACUGAGGCUUUGGAUAAUGGCAUAUCUGAUAGAUAUUAUAGGGCCACGAACGAUGAUAGUGAUGCUUCUAUUGAUAAAAAUUUUCACGCCAGAUAUGGCAACAAUAUUCUCCCGCUGCCACCUUCAGUCACUAUACCUAAAGUUACAAAACUCAAGACUCACGUCAUCUAA